GGUAGGAGGUGGACUGUUUGCUGGCUGCCAGCGUAGUUCGGCUAGGUGGUCUGCUUUCUCUCGCCUCUGCUUCAGUCUGUUUGCUUAUUGCGUGGACCCACUUGCAACACCCAUCAUACCUUCACUCACGCAUGACGGACCCCGAGCGGUGCGCCGCGGGCUCCUAUCUCCUCCAUCACGCUCACAAAUUCAGCACGUUCCCUACUUCUGUGCCAUGGCGAGCACAGCAGAUCAGCUACCGGGCUGCACUAUACCUGACAAAUGCAUGGUCCGCUCAGAUCAAGGUCUUGAUCACGAUACAUUUUGCGACAAAGACCUGAAGUGCAUUUGCAAGGUUGACAAUCACCUCGGAACUAACCAGCUGUUCUCGAGCGACUGCCUUUUGAAAGAGUGCACGGAUAGACACGCGCGCAAGUUGUUUUUAAGGGACUGGCUGCAGUCUUGUCAACAUGCGGGCAGGUCUGGGUGGGAUGAUAUGCCCUGGGAAUGGGAGCCAUACUUACCCGACGAAGGAGAAGUAGUCAUUCGACCACCAACGUUCCUGAACGCGCCGCAAGUGAUCACGUCGGUCAGAGCGCCGCCACCGUCAUCAGUGCUGGUCGUAACGACAACUGCGGCUGUCGCGACUUCGAUUCCAGCGACUUCACUGUCGUCGUACUCCAGUCCAAAGACCACGCUCUCGACCUCCAUUACGAGCACCUCCAACGUUACGAGUACGACGACUCUUACUACUUCGCCGGCCUCCAGCCCCUCCCCUCAAACAACCUUUACCCCGCCGGCGCCUAUUCUUGUCACCUCCCGCAGCCUCAGCUCCACCGCCAUCGCCGGUAUAGUAGCCGGGAUCCUCUCACUUGCCAUCCUCUGCGCAGGUCUCGGCUACUUCUACUGGAAGUCGAACAAGAAAGCGAAAAGGAAGACAAAGGAAGUCGCUAUCCUUAGCGACCGUGUGAGUGGAUGCGGCUUCCAGAAGUACAUCGACGAUCUCCUGGCGGACAGCAACACGGAAAGUAAUACAGACAGUAACAGCUCCACCGGUACGAUCAUUCGUCAUCCUGCGCCCACCCUAGGUUUUCAAGAGAUAGCUGCUGGCUCGAUGAGUACGGUGGAAGGACUGAGGAGUCAGUCGAGCUCGGUGUACAGUAUGGACAUUGCAAGGGCGAUAUAAGAAGACCUCACCAAUACACCGGCGGAAGAGGGAGAUGAUUUACAGAUGCCGAUUGGAAAAGUUUGGUUCUACGGCAACAAGGGAAGGCGACUUUAAAUUCUUCUCGAGCAAUGAUAAUGUAUAACACUUCACAUCUUUC